AGGGAAGCGGGCCCGUGUCACGUGACGGGGGAACUAGGGAGGCUCUUGUGUUUACAUCAAUGCAUUCAACAGCGUCUGCUGCAGAGCGUCUACACAUCUAUGUUUUGCUUUCAUUUCUUUGAAAACGAGACGAUCAUCGGUACACACGGUAGUUCCGAGCGCGUCCGAGAGUAGCGCCGCCGUGCGAUAGAGAGAGCGCGCGCCUCUGCUGCAUCUGUGAUCGCUUGUGUGUUAGAUUACUGGCGUCAUGGACGAGCUCGCGGUGGAAGUGCGAGGAGCGAGCGGAGCUUUCUACAAGGCCUCUGUUAAAGAUGUUCAUGAGAGUACAGUCACUGUCUCCUUUGAGAACAAUUGGCAGCCAGAACGACAGAUUCCUUUCCAUGAUAUCCGGUUUCCACCUCCAACCGGCUUUCAGAAAGAGAUAAACGAGAACGAUGAAGUGGAGGUUUACUCCAGGGCCAACGAUAAAGAGCCCUGUGGAUGGUGGCUAGCCAAAGUUCGCAUGGUGAAAGGAGAGUUUUAUGUGAUAGAAUACGCAGCCUGUGAUGCCACGCUAAAUGAAAUCGUCACAUUAGAGAGGUUACGACCUGUCAACCCCAACAAAGCCGCCUCCAAGAACCCCUUUCUCAAAACCAGACUAGAUGUUCCUGAAGACCUAAGACAGAUGUGUGCGAAAGACUCUGCACAUAAAGACUUCAAAAAAGCGAUCGGAGCGUUUAACGUCACUUACGACUCGGAAGAAAAGCAGUUGGUUAUUUUGUCUGUUAAUGAGGUUACAGCAAAGCGGAUAGCCAUGUUGAGUGACAUGCACUUCAGGAGUCUGCGCACGAAGCUGACGCUCAUGCUGAGGAACGAGGAAGCAACCCGACAGCUGGAGAGUUCUCGGCAACUGGCCUCAAGGUUCCAUGAGCAGUUUGUGGUGCGUGAUGAUCUCAUGGGACUGGCCAUAGGCACCCAUGGGGCGAAUAUCCAGCAGGCCAGAAAGAUCCCUGGGGUCACAACCAUUGACCUCGAUGAAGAGACCUGCACGUUUCACAUCUAUGGAGAGGACCAGGAGGCUGUACGGAAGGCCAGAAGCUACCUGGAAUUUUCAGAAGAUAUAAUCAAAGUUCCUAAGAAUUUAGUCGGAAAAGUCAUUGGCAAGAGUGGGAAGCUGAUUCAAGAGGUCGUGGAUAAAUCAGGUGUUGUCAGGGUUCGAGUGGAACCGGAAAAUGACAAAAAGCCCUCUCCAUUAGAGGAGGGAAUGGUGCCAUUUGUGUUUGUGGGGACGAAGGAAAGCAUUUCAAAUGCCCGGAUCCUGCUGGACUACCAUCUGAAUUAUCUAAAGGAGGUAGAUCAGCUGCGAAUGGAGCGACUCCAGAUCGAUGAACAGCUCCGACAGAUCGGUGGAGGUCCUAGAGCUCUGCCGGGACGACCCGAGAAAGAAAAACCUUUCAUGGCUGAUAAUGGAAUGGGACCCUCACGAGGUGGCGGCAAACCCUUUGGUCGUGGAGGGAGAGGGAGACGGGGCCCGACACUGGCUUCAGGCACCAACUCUGAGGCCUCCAAUGCAUCCGAGACCGAAUCGGAUCACAGAGAUGAGCUCAGUGACUGGUCCCUGGCCCCUACAGAUGAGGAGUCCAUGGGUUACCCCAAAAGGGCCCCUGAUGGACGCAAAAGGGGUGGAGGGCCCCGGGGUCGUGGAGGAAGGGGAAGAGGAGGAUACAAAACUGAAGACAUGCACUGGAAUGAGUCCCGCUCCCGUAGCUCCAGAGACUCGAAGCUGAGACCCCAGGAAGACUCACUGCAGAUCCGCAUCGACAGCAAUAACGAGAGGAGCGUCCACGCCAGCCGAGGCUCUCAGACUCUGGCAGGAGACAGCGGAGGGAACCGGCAGAGACCCAUAAAGGACCGAGGGAUGAAAAAAGACAAGCAGGACGGCCCGGACAGCCAAGCCGUUGUGAACGGUGUUUCGUAGAAAAUAACGUGCCCCCUUUCCCCCAUUCUCCCACUCAGCUCCACCAAUCCAGAUGCUUCUUCAUUAGACACACAUUAGGCCAAAGAGAACCAGGUCAGUAGGGCUGUCGCAAGACAUGACAUAAAGCACACUUUGUAAUUGUUAGUUGGGCUAAAAGACGAGGUCUCUUGGUGUGUGGUGUGUUGGAUUCGGUAAUCUUCACGGAUUCGAGAGACCGGUCUCUAAAUCACAACAGAAGCUACAGGUUUUCUAAUUGACUUUCUAAACAACUACCUACGAAACAUAAAGAAGCUGUGGAUUAAAUGUCUCUCGAAAUGGAAUCCUGAAAUGUUUUCCGAGCAAUUGGUUUUUAAAGUUUUUGUUUUCCACAAUGUCCGAACAAAAGGGAAAGAAACGCAUUGGAGGAUGAACUCAAGCGCUCGGGGCCCAAGUUUAUGCCACAUCUCCCGGCGUACGUUGUUUUUUUUUUUUACGCGCUUUGGUGUCCAUUCUGAUGUGAGGUCUUAGCCACAUCAUUAGCAAAAAAUAACAAAAAAACAAAAAAAAUGGCAAAUGGAAAAAAAAAAUUCAAUUAAAAAAGCUCCUGUCUGGAUCUGUGCCUUUAACUAGUGUGGAUAGUAUCAUAAUUUGGAUGUUUAAAUCAGGGAAGACGAUGUGAAGAACAUGAAGAAAUCUCAGCCGACGACUAAAAAAACAAAAAACUUUCUUUAAACCUUUCUGUGCUGCAUGUAUUUCACCAUCAUUUUGUAUGUCUGAAAAGCAGGAUUCUAUCAAGUCGGCCGAAUUCUGAUAUUUUGCCAUAGCUGAAUUGUGUGUAGUAAAGGUAUUAACCGAACUAAACUAGUGGAAGUCAUCAAUUGUAACCGACCACCCAGAGAUGAAUAUCAAUGCUAUUUCAGUGUCGUCAACAUCACCGAAUAUGAGUUAAUUUUGUCGUUUAGCACAUCUUUGCAUUGUAGUACAAGGUGUGUUUUUGUUUUUUAGAUAAGAGGUAGCGAAGCAGUUUUCUUAUGUCAUUUUACUCCCACACAAGGUUGUGUGUUGGGACCGUUUUUCUUUCUUUCUCACAAACAGGGUGGAAAUGCUCGUUUUGGUAUCAGGUCAUGCUGGACACAGUAAACUGCCAUCUCUCCUGCUGUAUUCCUCAGCAUCGGGUGUGAAGCACUUCUAUCAGAUCUCUGUAACAUUGUCUGUGUCCUAACAGUGGCUCGUCAUAGACUGCAAAUGUUGAACUGUGGGGUUGCAUUCUGUAUAUUACGUCAUUCGUUAAGAGAUUGUCGCUGUUCUUUUUAGAUCGAACUUUAAAUGUGCACUUAUCAUGUUUGUGUUACUCUGCAAGUACUUUAUAAUCUCUAAUCCUAUAAUAAACUAGAAUGUGAUGAGACUUCUUCAGCAGGUGAAUCACAUGUAUGCUGUCAACAGAACUAAACUGAAGUUUAGGUAUCUUCGCUAAUUUUGAGUCUACUGUACUUUUGCAGCUGAAUUCUCUUGGGGAUGGAAUAGGCGAUGUUAACUUUGCUAUGAAAACCGUCUGUCUUAUCUGAUUAGUGCUUGUGCAUUAAACUUUAGUUUACAUUUUCGAGAAGACGCGACGCUGUUCUGAACCCACCAUUCUUUCCAAACCUGUGACGAUAACCGUGGUGGUUUUUAUUUUUCUGCUUUUCCUUUGACCGUACAGCAAGAAAAGCGUUCUUUGCUCUUUUUCUCUAUGUUUCUAGUUCUCUUCGCGCUCCUGUGCUCUCGCUAGUCACCUUGGCGAGUAACCUGUUAAGCUUAUACACACCAGUUUGGAAGCGAUUUUGCCUGUGAAAGCGAAACGAAAGCUGUAAAGAUCCUGUGACUGGCGGAGGAUUCGCAAAAAGACAAACCACUCUCUCGACGGAGGCGGCCCCGGAUGCCCCUCUCGUGCGGCUCUUAAAAAAAUGUAGCCUUUACAUCAAAAUAAGGUGUUAAAUGGUUUACACUCAGUAUUUUUAAAACCUGCGCGUCCACGGCGGUGCAGCGAAACUGGCAAGAUGGCGCUGUUCGCCGUAGUCUGUUCGAGAAUAACAAUAAAAAUCACAAAAGUUUCGAGGCUUUGAAAGUGUUGCCAAACAGACUGUUUUCUAGUUAUUUAUUUUUUUCGGAAUGUAUAUUAAAAUGACAAAUUGUAAAACCAUCUCUUGGACACGUCGUAGGCCAUUGUGAUUGAAGAAGAGCAGAAAAAAAACAAAACAAAAAAAAACAACGCAACAUGAAAUACUGUAGAUACUGAACUGAGGUAGACUGACCUUGUAUGUUACUGCACUUUGGGUAAUAACUUCUUUGUACAUAAUAAUAGCAGAACAGACUGGGUUUUAUGUUGACAUUGUUUGGUUAUAGUGCAAUAUAUUUUGUAUGCAAGCGGUUUCAAUAAAUAAAGGUUGAUCUUCCUCUGCGA